CUGUUCUUUAAUUGUGCUGCCCUGCCCUGCCUGCGGUCGAACGGCCAUCGACGGACUCCAGGCAAUUUCUUGCUCUGUCUCCCGGCACUUUCUUGCACUGUCUUACACCGCAGCGAUUCUGUUCACCACGAACGACAGCAACAACCAUGGUCUCUCUCCGUUGUUUUGGUCUGCUCCUCGUGCAGAUCCUCCUGGUGCAAGAUGAUGCGGUGGCGACGUCGGCCACCACCCUCGAGACAGGCGAAAACCUCAUCUCCUUUCCCUGGUGCAUUCCUCCGACGCCCUAUCCGCCACAGGUGGCAAGAGAGGGAGACACGGUGUAUUUUAACUGGGAUGGAGAAUACCACAACGUCUACCUCUACCCAAGCGGGACCUGCACUAACAAGACCGGCCGAGUCUACCUGGGGGAAAUCUCCGGGCAGGCGAAGUACACCUUUACCGACGCGGACGUGGGUAAGAACCUGACCUUUGUCUGCGACGUGAGCUCCCACUGCUCCCAGGGGCAGAUCGUCGUGUUCGAGGGCGCGGAGGCGUUCGGGCUCCCUGCAACGACGGAUCCGGAGGCCUCCGCAACGCCCUUUCCGUACUCGACGACGACCCCCUGCGGCGACGUGUACUUCAACGGGCUCGGCCCGGGGGACGACGGUGCCGAUCCCGAUGCCUCGGCGGCGGCGGCGGUUGGGAGCGGCUUCCUUUUCUUUGUGGCAUCGGGAGCGGCGCUGCUCGGGUUGUAAUGGAAUGGGACAGAUGGUUGCAACGUGGGGCAACAGAUUUCCAUGGAAUAGCACGUCGGACAAGGGAAGAAACAUCGAUCGAACUACAGCAUAGAAAAGAGAUUUUCGUAUGAAUCGAACAGCACCCAGGGCAAGAGAAAACCGCCAUGCAAUGCAGCAAAAGAGAACGCAAGUAACACUUGACUAGUCUCUGAUUCGGUAGUUCUUAAAGGCAUAAAAGACUAGUAGGAUAUGAAGCGAGUCCAAAACAGACGCGCGAAAUGAUUAUAGGUUUGGUAGUUUCAAGUGACAGGAUCACAGCAGUGCAUCCGCAGACAAACCGUAGCCGCGACGGCUUUCUUCGAAGUCAACCCAAAAAGCACUUCGGGGAGAGCACGAACCGUGCUUUGCCCUUUCCUCCGUGGUUUGGGUCGUCCCCGACGUGUCCGCUGUUUCGGAGCUGUUUCAGGGCACAAACAAAACUCUUGGUCCUUUCCAUCACUCCACAAACGGCAGCCAGUUCUUUGGUGGACAGAGACGAUCCUUCUUUCCUGGCGUUCAGGAGCGCGUCAAAGAUCGUUGCCCCAUGGGGAAUCGGGGCACGGCUCCGGAUUCUUUCCUGGAGCUCUUCCGUGGUCUUGGGGGGAUUCGCCAGCUGGUGCUUGUAGUCGUCCGGGGCGAUUGCAUCGAUGCCCUUCUCGGUCAACCCAAAGGCCUUCUGUUUGCCCCUGCACUUCUCCUCCACGAGGUCUUGACGGCAGAUCUCUUUCCAGGCCGAGGCGACCGUCUUGGUCCUGGGGUGGCACCCGAGGUCCCUGGUAAGCGUCUCAAGAGCCACCGACUCGGUGCCGGCCAUCCAGUAAACCAUGAGGAUGGAGAGGAGGGCUUCCUGCUUGUUAAUUUCCUUCUUUUCGUGGGCCCGCUUGAUGUCCCUGGUGGUGCUCUUCAUCGACCAUGACGGUGCCGCGCCGUUGCCCCUCGGGCCACUUCGUUUGCGAGAAGCACCCGCAUCUUCGUUCCCAGUCAUUUUCUUCCGAGAUGAGCCCGGGGAAUCCUCUUCCUCUUCGGGUUCGCUUGCAUUUUGGUCCGGAUAGCUUUCAUCUCCGGAAUCGUCCGAGGAUUCGCUCCCCGCUCUCUUCUCCUCCGAUCUUUUUGACUCGUUUGCCGUUGAUUCGUCCUCUGGGUCCGACUUGGUGUCCGGGUCCUCGCCCUCGCUCCCCGAGUCGGAAGCAGCAGCAGCAGUGAAGUGGUCUUCUUCGGCUUCUUCGUCGAAAAAGACGUCGCGGUCUUCCAGCCAGCGGAACUUGGUGAUUGCUAGGUCGUGCCAGUGCUUGGAAUUGUCCUGGUACUUGACAAAGAACUUGCUUUUCGGUGAGGUGUUCCCAGAAGGCUUCCGGAUCACUUUGCACGGAUAAUAACCCCUAAGGCUAUCCCAAUAGACUGCAAUAAAGGAACCGGUCCUUACCUCUUUCCACAAGAGCGAGGGCCUGGGUGUGGUCCUUUUGGUUCUCCUUCUCGCCAUGAUCGCUCUUUGCCUUUGACGAUAUUCGAAUUGAAAAAAACUAUGCGAGAAGAAACACUGGGUUCGACGUAGCAGUGGAUCGUUUGUGAUUUGGAUUGUUUGCCGAUUGUGGAUCGAGCAAAAGGAGUCGUUUCGCUAUCGAAAAGCUUUUUUUGUUCGAAAUGCAAUCGGACACGAUUGGAAGGGCCGGCGCAUUUUGAAGUUGGAUUGGAAAUUAGAGAGAGAAUCGCGGAAAGUUUAUCAAUUUUUAGUUUUGAAAUGAGGGAUGCUCUUCCCUGAGAUGUCGUCUUUUUUAAACCAUGCAUGCUUUUGUAAUUGUUGGCGUUCAAGCGUGAGAGAGAUGUUUCACGCUUCUUUUUCCGGUUUCACAUUCCAAAUCUCACGUGUACACGACGUUGCUUGCUGAUGGAAAACCGAUUCCUAUGGAAGGCGUAUUGAAUAAUUUAGAAGUAUCUUC